UGAGACAGAGCAAACAGUUUCUCUCCUUGUGUGUGUUGUGUUGUGUGUGUCUCAAGUGAUUCUCAGCAAAGAUCCUUUCAACCAAGAAAAAGGGAAAACACAGAGAGAGAGAGAGAGGGGGAGAAGUUUAACCAGGUGUCACCCAUCGCCUUUUUAUGGUUUGCUGUGCACAGGGAUCCAGGCAGGUGUUUCAGGGAUCCUGACAGAUAAUGCCGGUCGAGGUUUCGUCUUCCAAGCCGGAUUUCGGAGCUUUGCCUGGGAGCGGAAUAGGAAGAAUGGGAAGCAACGACAGCGGGAUUGGCCCCGCAUUCAUGGACCCUGGCUCUGACGAUGACUACAUGUCCCGUGAGGAGAAGGAAUGCAUCCAAUUCUUCGAGACCACCCUAGACUCGCUGAGCGACGGCUUGGAGCUCAGUAACCUCUCCGGCGAGGCCGGGGAGGAAGAGGAGGACGAAGGAAGGGCUACUCCGACCCUGUCCCACACCCAAAUCCACCCUCACCCGAGCAGCGAGGAGAUCAUAGACCUGGUGAAGGACAGCAGACAUCAGCUGGAGGAGUGCGAAACAAAUUACGUGAAACCCAUACGAUACAUGAACGUGAGUGAGAUCCUUCCCAAGGAGGAGGUGGAGCCGGAAAGUCCCGGCCUCGACCAGCGCCGUGCCUCCCUCGUCUCGCCCCGGCAGAGUUUUGAUUGGCCCCUGCCCCCACCGGACAUAGGCCCCCCCGCCUCCCCACAGCCGAUCGGCUCGGUGCCCACCCCCUUGGUGAUCGCGCAGAGAAUCGCGGAGAACGGCAGCCUGUCCCCCACCUCACCGAUCUUUCCAUCGCCGCCGCCACUAGGGGUGACCGACAGCAAGGCCUUCCAUUACCACAACAGCAGGUCGAACCCCACCUCCCCCACCGAGUCCCGGGAGCCCCAGCACCGACCCCUCUCCCAGGGCAGCUUCAAGCACCAGAGGUUCCCCUCCAACAUCAACGUCUCGGUGGGCAACCGCGAGUACAACAGUACCAUCACCAAGGCCUCGGUCAACAUUCAGGAGCGCAAGGCGCGAGUCCUGGCCAAUCUGGGCUCCGCCGCAGGGCGGCUGGCCUUGGAGUCAGACGAGAGGCAGCAGAGAGCUCGGCUCUGGGCUUCCAGCAGGAGCACGUCCUUCAAGGAGCUUGGAUCCGGCCAAGCCAGGAACGAGGCCUUGUCUAAGCUGGGUUUGGCCAAGGAGCCCGAGGAGACGCCUCUCCACAACGGUUCCCCGGCAAAGCUGCGCAUCGCCGGGUUCUCCCACUCGCUCAAGGUGAAGCCGACCGUCAGCGCAGCCGGAGAGACCUCUCCGCCUCUCAGGAGAGCCUCCACUUCCAAGCUGGAUCUGCCAUCUCCGAGCGAAGUCCCUCCCCCGGCAUUCCUGAGCCCCUCCCCAGGCCCCUUCCACCCAGAACUCCGGCGUCUCAGCUCCACCCCUCGCCCCAGCGGGUUACGCACCCCGGGAAUCACCGUCCAGUUUUCCGGACGGGGCUCAACGGAUGAAUCCCGCAGGGAAGCUCUGCGGAAACUGGGUCUCCUGAAAUCCCAAUGACCCCCUACCUCCCCCCCUACCACCACCA